AAUUGCCAAGCAGAUAUGGCCACGUGGUGCCGUAAUCCCAGUACGAGUCAAAUGAACAACCUUACCCGUACACUGUUACAAGGAAGUAAACUUUGGUUGUCGUACGAUGCGACAGAGGUGGAUACAUCUGAUGUGUAUACGGUUUUACUACAAGGUGAUACCAGUUGUCCAGUGCCAACAGGCCAAGGAGAAGCGGAAGAUCCCUCUACAUGCCCCUCUUAUCUAGUUAAAGAAGUAGACGCUACGAGAAUUCCCUCGACGAUUGUCCACGCCAGAUGUCGCUGUAGUGAAUGUCAGAUACCGGGACUGCGCAGACGAAGACAACAUUACGCAUGUGAACCUGUUUACCGCUUCCUCCCUGUCCUUAAAAGACAAAGCACUUGUAUCGAUGGAGAGUAUGAAUAUGCUUUAUCUCAGCAGAAAGUGGCUGUAUCUUGUCAAUGUGUGCGAAGUAGAAUAACUCGUCCAAAGUUUUCUUCUAAUUUUAAAUCUCCUGAAAACUUUAUGUCCUGAAUUUGAAUUUGUAUUUUGCAUUUCUUUUUUUCAA